AAGAGCGUUUUGGAAACAUGACCCGGGUGUAUUACAAAGAAGCCGUAGGUGCCUUUUUGGUCUUCGAUGUCACCAGAUCCGUCACCUUUGAUGCUGUUCAUAAAUGGAAAGCGGAUUUGGAUGCCAAAGUACAACUACCUGAUGGAUCACCUAUACCUUGUAUUCUUUUAGCAAAUAAGUGUGAUCAACCUAAAGAAGGCCUAGCAAGUUCUCCGUCUAAACUUGAUGAAUUUGUAAAAGAAAAAGGUUUUGCUGCAUGGUUCGAAACAUCGGCAAAGGAAAACGUUAAUAUAGAAGAAGCAGCAACUGCUUUAGUAAAAACGAUAAUGGAAAACGAUAAAUUGAUGAACAGUCAGGACUGCAUCUUAGAUGAUAAUAAAUUUUCAUUACGUGGAAGCGACAAUGAUAGAAUAAAAAAAUCGUGCAAUUGCUGAUAUUUGCCUUCGAUAAAAUGUAAAAUUGACUGCCUACAAAUUUACAUACACCUUAUCAAGCCAUAAUUAUAAUAAUCGUGAAAUCGCGUCGAUUUUCCAUAUAUUUGCCAUUUAUAAAAACCGUUUAUGUUGUAAGAUAUUUUACAUUAUUUUAAGUAUUUAACAUUUUAUAUAUAUUCACGUCAUGAUUGUAUUUUUAUAGUUAUAAAUCUAUGUAUAAAAAUUAACAAUGCAUAUAAGUGUAUAUACACCAUGCAUUUUAUAUAUAAAUAUGUAAAUAUGAUUGUUAAAGUUGCGAGAAGAUAGAUUGAAAGUCUUAACAAAUUAUUUUUAUAUAUAAGAAUUAUUUUAUACGAUUGUUUGUAAUGUGUAAGCGCAGCUGUCUAAGAGUACAAUCCGUGUGAAUAAUUGUUUGUUGAGUUCCUGAAAUUGUGAAUUUUAUAAAUUUAACAUUUGUUAAAAAUAAGCUUUAAAU